AUUUCCCCAGCAAGUGGUUCCUGGAACGGGAUAAUGAUAACACAGUUGCUCUAGUAUAAAGCAGCAGGAGCACUACAGAAGAAAUUUCCAGCUCUUGCUAGUGUCGUUCUUGAAGAGUCAAUUUAUACUGAGAACAUCAGUUUCAAGCCCAAGCCACCAAGAUGUUGCAGUACGAACACAGUAUAAUGGAGACGGUAAUAGAAUCUGACAGAGAAUCAAAUAAAUCUGAAGAUGGCUCCGACUCUGUACAAAAGGAGCAAGCUAUGUUCGUGUGGAGUCCUAAAUACGAGAAAUGGCACGAAAGUUUAGUAUCCUUCAAUGCACCUUGUCUCAAUAUAACAGAGUAUGAAGACCUUAAACUAGAGGUGAACCCAAAGCAGUUGGAGCAUCUAACACAGAGAUGGUACCAUGGCAGUCUAACUAGGAGAGAAGCUCGUGUCAUCUUGCAAGAUUUUAAAGGUGGUCAAGGCUCCUUUAUUGUGAGAACAAGCGAGAGUUACAGUGGAAAGUUUGCCAUUUCUUUCAUGCACGAGUGUCGUGUGAAACAUGUCGUGAUUGAGAGCAAACGUGACCCAGUGACGGGGGUGAUCUACAACAUCACACCCAAUGGACCAUUCUUUAGCUCACUCAGUGAACUUAUAGACGAAGCACAAAAGAAAGCACUCAUUCAAAAUCAUACAUUUGAUAUCAAACUCGGCCAAUACCCACCACAGCCUAAUAUGUCGUGGUUACACAGAGGAGUCAAAUCGUUGUCUCAAGCGGAACAGAUACUACGGAAAGAACACAGAGACGGGGCCUUCUUUGUCUACCGAACACAAUCUGAACAUGCACCCUAUAUUGUGGCGUAUAGGUCUGAGGGUAGUAUCCAUCAUAACUUGAUCGUGGCCACACAGAGACCUAACCCAGGCUUUACUCUGAACAACAUCACCUCUCAAGUCCUGUACAAAGUCAUUCACUAUUUCAUGGAGAACCCGAUCAAUGGCAACACUGUACUCAAGCACCCCGUCCCAGAUAGAGAUCCUGUCUACACAAGCUAUGGCAUAGCACUGAAAGACUCGCACGGAGAUAGGGGUCAGAGUGAACUUGAAUUCGCUCGAGGAUCAUUCAUCACAAACAUUCAACAAAAAACAGCCGACUGGUGUAUAGGAGAUCACAGAGGAGACAAACAAAAGUUCUUCAAGAGAGAGUGUGUUCAGCUACUCAGAAAAGAAGAACUGAUGUAUCUAAAUGAAGUGCGAUUAAUGUCAGCUGACCACACCCACCCCGAGCUAAAUAGACCCGUCCAAUUAAAUCUACAAACAGACUACGAAGUAAAUUUCACACAAGAGGACAACUUGUCUACCACCAUUCACGUUCAUCCGGUCAAUCCAAUUCUCAAGAACUUCAGAAGCUACAAACUAUCAUGCUGCACUACUGAGGACCUUGAGGCCUGGUAUCAACUAUUUCAAAGCCACAAAUGCUUACCCAAGUCUCAAAUGGACUCGAGCAAACAAUGCAAACAGUCUAAAUUCAGAGGCUGUGUGAUCUCUUGAGGUCACAAAACAAUUAUACAGCUUUAUCAUUUUUCAUUCCAAUUCUGUGUGUGUGUGUGUGUGUGUGUGUGUGUGUGCAGUGUUUGUGUGUGAAGCCUUUGAGGCUGGUUAAAUUAUUAUUAUUAUGAGAAACUAUA